GGAGAGCAGGCGACGGGGAAGGAUGUCGAUGCGCCGUCGGUGGUCGGUUUCGGGGGUUGAUUCGCGCCGCGGGGGCGAUGAGCGCGCUUCCCUCCGCCCUGAGACUGACCUCCUGCUGCUGCUGUUGCUGCUGGCUCCUGCUGAUCUGCCUCGUCGUCUUCCUGAUACCUGCACCCUGCAUCAGCGAUACGCCGAAGCAGAUAACAAGCCGGAUUCGAGAACAGUCGGCAGGUGAUGAUGACGCGGUGGAGUCCAACUACCUCGGCGACGGCGCCGAGGUCUACGAGGAGGAGAUAUCCGCCGACAAUGGCGACCUCGAGGAUGAUUAUUUCGAUAGUAAUAUUACCGCGGAAAAAGGACGAUAUUUGGGCUCGCCUUGCGACGUCGUGUGCAAUCCCGAGCUACAGCACGUGUUCUGUGAUUCAAUCACUGGCCUCUGCGAGUGCGAAAAGUUCUAUCCCGUUCGUCUCGGGCCUACCAAGGGAUGUGCCAAACCCAAAAAACUCGGAGAGCAGUGCUUUUAUCGUGCGACAUGCACUUUCGCGGAUCAACAUUCGACGUGCACGCAGAUUCAACACAAUGCGGUAUGCGAUUGCGAGGAGGGAUAUCACAGGGUUGCUCUAUCCAGGCCUAACAAGAAGGUUUUUUGCGCCGAGGAUCUGGUGCUGAUAACUACAGACCUUCCGACUCUACUCUGCAUAGCAUCGGGGAUAGCCAUCUUUACGGCAAUGAUAUGCUUCGUGCUCAAACUAUUCAGCCGGGCGAGGUAUUCAAGGCCGCGGCAUUACGCCAAUGCCAAUCAUGCGCCACCCAUGCUGUUUUCCAGUGAUACGGGCAUACCGCUGACGUUACACGGACGGCCGUCCUCGCGAUCGAGCCAGCGGAGCAGCAGCGCCGGGCCCCUGAACUGCGCGUUCACCAGGAGGCCGAGCAGCGGCGGCAGCCGCGGACCCCUGGUACCAGCGUCCAGAGCAGGUGCGGCCAGGGCCGCCGCUAUCUUGCUUAUAUCGUGCCACCUCCAGGCGACCAAGAACGACAACAAGCACCGACGUACCCUUAGUGACGUAGCCGAGGGAUCGACUGACGGCCUCGGUUCCCGUCGUCCGAGCUUAGCGUCGGUUCACAGUUCUACGUCCUCGUCACGUAGCUACAGCGCGCGUCGGCUCGAAAAGGAGAGAAAUGAGAAGGAACAGCGCCAAGCGCUUCAGGAGCUCCGACUGGCGAAGCAGCGGGAGCAAUUGCAGCAACAGCAGCAACAGGUGGUACCGACGCCUAGCCCUAGGACUCCUCAUUCCACAGACGAAUUGCUGCCUUCGGUCGAAGAGGGGAAGGAAGACUUUUACAACGAGCAGGUACCGACGACAUCAAACGUAUCGGACACCAUCCCAAUGACGACGACGACGACGACGACGACGACGACGACGACGACAACAUUAACAACGGCGAUAACCACUUCCAACGUAAGCACAACCCGCAUAGGCGAGACUGCGCCUAUAGCAACGCCAACGACGUCUGUUUUCGGCACGAGCGUUGCACCACGGGCUUCCGAUGACAUUUUUCAAGUGUAGUCUUCGUCAAGUAUGACAACGUCGUCAAGUAUGACAAAAUCGAUGGACUCUCAAUUUAUUAACGAUCUUUUUAUUGUAUUUGCAAGAACGCUCCAACGGUAUCAAGUUGGAGAUCCGUAUGUAAAAGACGCGGCAAGACUUGCGAUAAAAUACUCUGAUAUCAAUAGAGAUAAAUGCAUAAAUACCGAGAAUAAUCUAAAUCCAUAUUUUGUCCACGUUAAAAAGUCAAUUCUUGCAACACAGAAACAUUUAUGUGCGAAGAAUGGUUUUCUCCCUAGAUAUUAAUUAUAUGAAAUUUUCACAAUUUUCUAAGUCUCUCUCUCUC